AUUUCAAAACGAGAUUGCAGAAAACAACGGCCAUUUUGAAGGAAUUUUAUGAGGACGUCUUAACAGGGAGAAAACCUAAUCCUCAGUCAUCGAAUUUCAUGCUGAAAAUUAGAAUUUCAUUUAUUGAUAUUGAAAAAUAAGGAAUACUCAUUUUCUAUUUCAAGUGAAUAUUUUUAGUCUGGCCCAAAAGAGGAAAGGAUAUUGCACGAGUUUAGUCGGGGCUUUAAAUCAGACUUUUCUUCAGGUCAGAAGUAAUCGUCGACAGAAGUGUUUUUGUGCAGGGCAUCUUUAAAACUAAGCAAGGCCUAAUCUCCAUAAAGGGCCAAAAUGGCUUGUGGCGCAACGAUGAAGCGCAGUCAUGAAUUUGACCCAUUGCACAGUCCAUCUCAAGGAACACCGAAGCGGAGAAGAUGUAUGCCGAUGACAUUAUCGCCAUCAACACCACCAACAAAGACCCCGAAGCGAUCCGCUUUUUCAGAGGCAUCCCCGAAAUUGACAUCAGAACAAAUAGCUGCCAGAAUUAGUAUGGAAAUAAAAAGAAUGCAACGUCGUCGUCAGCUUCAUUAUCAAGGUGGAAGUAGUCCUCCUCACUGCUCUUUCUCCACUGAAAACACACAUUUAUCUGGAAUGGAUAGUCCUCCAAGUUCAAGUCAAAGUUCAACUUCUCUUUUCUCGGCUCUUUCGCCAAGUAAAAAAGACAUCCCACUAUUUACUUUCCGACAGGUCAGCAUGAUUUGUGAUAGAAUGAUCAAAGAUAGAGAAGAACAGAUCCAGGGAGAAUAUGAUGGUGUUCUUAGUUCCAAAUUAGCAGAGCAAUAUGAAGCAUUUUUAAAAUUUAACCAUGACCAAUUGCAGAAAAGAUUUGGUGAUGCACCAAUGAGUUAUGUGUCUUAAGGAAGCUGAAAAUGUGAUACGGUGUGACUGUGAAAUGGAAUAAAAGGAAAUUAUGUGCAUGUGGAUGGUUAUUUUCAGUUGAUAUUUAAAUUUAAAUGUUUAUAAAAAAUAAGGUUUCUACAAUUAAUAAAACCUGUACUACCUUUAGAACUUGAUUUAUUGUAGCAACCACAGGGCCAUAUGUGUUUCUCUGUUCAAUUUAUGGCACUGUUUUUAGUGUAUAAAGAAUGGCUCAGUGUAUAUGUACAAUUGUAUUAUAAAAAAAACUGUAUAAUAUUAAAUAGACUUUCUGUGAAAAGUAACUCACUUUGAAAUUGGAGCAACAAAAAAAGGUAAUUUGUGCAGAAAUUGUUUUUAAGUGAUGCUUCUAUAAACAGAUAUUUAAAAAUCACUACAGGUUGUUGUGUAUAUUAUUUAUAUUUCUUUGCCUAAUAAAGAUUGAAUGCAUUAA